CCUAGCAGUGAGGUGAUACAUCGCACCAUAGAGCCACUACCUGUACCAGAGCAGGACACCACAACACCUGCGAACAUGCUGACGCCAGUGAAGGCAUCUGCUCCAUCACCUCCUCGUAAAGUGAGUUUUCACACUCAGCCAGUGCUGCACCCUGCCACUUAUGUAGCUGCAUCAACGCCACUCAGGAGACUUGGACGAUGCACCGCUACACCCUUCGUGUACCAGAGAUCGGAACAUCAUCUCCUUAUAAACCGGCCAGGCCAGGUGCAGAUAUCACAUCACGCAGCCUCAGCUAAUCAGCCAAGACAACGUGCUUAUCAUGCAGUACAGCAGCUAUCACAGGCUGGGGAUCCAGUGAGUCUGCAGCAGACGUUACAUCCAGCUGCUCCCGUCUUCCAAGCCAGACCUCCAGCUAAUCCUGUGUACUUGCAGCAACCACCGCGUCCUGCUGAUCCGACCUACCAACUUCCACGUCCACCAGAACCUGUGACCCAGCCAUCACAGUGGGCAGACGCUCAGCACCCUGUAUCCAACAUAUUGCAUCCUGAAGCUUUGCCUGAUCCAGCUGGCAACCACCACGUUCCCGACCCGUCAGGAAGUGACUAUUCAUCAUCUUCCUCUGCUGGACAAUAUAAUCCACGGGUUGCCACAUCUGAAUCAGCCAGAGCGCCUCUACCAAACCUGAUGGAAAUGAUGGUGGCAUCUUCAUAUGGUAUUCCAAAGCCUAGGCUGGUGGUCUUCAGGACGGGCAGAGAGAGUGACUUCGCCUUAUUAAAGAAAGGGCUGGACAGCACCUUAGGGCCACAUUCUCAUCUGGGAGAAGAUUACAAGUUUCAGGUCCUAUUAGAUCAUCUAGAAUAUCCCAGCGCCCUACAGGUAGCCAAGCGCUACAUCCACGACCGCACUCCCUAUACUAGUGCAAUGAGGGCGCUAGAGCAGAGGUAUGGACAGCCAAGGCAGUUAGUCCAAAGUGAGCUUAGCACUAUAUUGAACUGCCCCCCUAUUAGAACAGGAGACUCUCAAGCUAUUGAGGACCUGUCCCUGUCCGUGUCCAGCCUGGUCGGGCUUCUCAGUACCAUGGAUGAAGUAGCAGCCAGUGAGCUUCAUUGUGGUUCACAUGUGGACAGACUGCUUACCAAACUCCCCCUGAACUACAGAGACAGCUUCAUCGAGUACUGUAUUACCCGGGGGAUCAUCCGCACUGGCAGCAGCCGAACAUACAAUAUGUACGACUUCUCAGAAUGGCUUGAACGGAAAUCCCAAGUCCUUCAGCUAUCCAGACAAGCCUCUCACAUGCCCUCUGACAGGCCACGCCCAGAGAAGAACCUACUCAAAGCCUUAGCAGGGCCCAAGUCACACAGCAAAUCUGCUUCCAUUUACUACGGCCCAAAUCCAGCCCAAGCCAAGCUAAGACCAGGGGGAGGAUCUACAGCUCCCAAUCCGACAGUCCAACCUAAGAAGAGACAGAAGUUCAAACCUUAUUGUCCAUACUGUGAAGGGACAGAGCAUUAUCUGAAUGGCUGUGAUGGAUUUAAAGGGCUAGACCUCAAAGCUAUGGCUACCUGGAUUACUGAGAAGGCCAAAUGCUGGCGCUGUGGCCGUAAACAUUCUCCAGAGCAGUGUACUCUAAAGAAGCCGUGCAGCACCUGUGGUGACCAGCAUUUGUCUGUGCUCCAUGACCUGGUUGAGGCCAAGAAGCGGGACCCUAACAUACUAACUAGGCCCUGCAUCAAGAUGUGAAGCGUUUGUGGCAACUAGAUGUUCCCCCCUGUAGGACAGAGAAGGAGGUCACACGGUCAAAGGAGGACAGAGAGGCAGUGGCUACGUUGGAAACAAAGACCCUCAGAGUCCCAGUAGAUGGUGUCGAGAGAUAUGCCACUCCUCUACUGAGAAGAAGAGACUUUCCA